UUUUUUUUUUUUUGUUAGCUAAUUAUUUAUUUAUUUAUUUUAAAUUAAUAUGUUUUCUUUAAGAAGAUUAACAACCUGUCUAAGUAAAAAUGUUGCUCGACAACCACCAAUUCGUUGUCAUGGUUAUCCAUUAUUAACUCGUACUCUACCACAAUCACAACUAUUACUUAAAAGCUUCAUCUCAAGCACAUCCAACACAGUUGAAGAAGAAAAUAAUAAUGUUGCUGCAGCAGAAGACACAAAUGAUCAUCAUGCUGUUGUGUCCACUUUUGAUUUAUUCUCUAUUGGUGUUGGGCCCUCUUCCUCACAUACAGUCGGUCCCAUGCGUGCUGCCAACAUUUUUAUCACUGAUUUAAAGAAACACAGGGUUUUAGAUAAAGUAGCUACCCUUCGUGUAGAUUUAUUUGGAUCCCUUGCUUUAACAGGUGUGGGACAUGGUACACCCGAAGCAAUUUUAAUGGGUAUUGAAGGUGAAAGCCCUGAUAGAGUCGAGACAACAACUAUUAAAUCGAGAGUGAACGACAUACGAUCAAAUAAAUCAAUCCGUUUGGAUGGUACACAUCGUAUCACAUUUGAUUAUGAUAAGCAUAUGAUAUUUAACUAUUUUAAAACAUUACCUCAACAUCCGAAUGGCCUCCGCUUUUGUGCUUAUGAUAAAGAUGCUAAUAUGAUUGCCACAAAUGAAUACUUUAGUAUUGGGGGUGGUUUUGUAGUGAAUGCUGAAACACAACUUGAUCAUGGUGAAAAUGUUUACUAUAAACAAACAAAUGAAAAUGAUAAUGUUGUCGCUGAACGUCGUAAACAAGAUAUUGCUGUAGUAUCAUUACCCUUUCGAAAUUCAGAGGAAUUGCUCGCUGUUUGUAAACGUGAAAAUAUGACGAUUGCACAAGUUGUCUUUGAGAAUGAGUUAAAAUGGAGUACACCUGAAGAGAUUAAAGAGAAAUUAUUACGUAUUUGGAAUACAAUGGAUGAUAGUAUUCGUAAUGGAGUGAUGGCAUCACCUGAUGAUUAUUUACCUGGUAGUCUUCGUGUUCGUCGACGUGCUCCUCGAUUAUAUAGUAAACUUUUAAAGGGCUUAUAUGGUUCACCUUUAAGUCAGCCUGGUGGAUACAAUCAUUCACAUAUACCAUCAAGUAGUAAUAGGAGCUUAGAUCACUCAUUCCCCUCCUCCUCCUCCUCCUCCUCCUCAUCCAUUCUAGAUUCCUCUUCUACUACCACCAUGAACAAUACCCAGUAUCCUCUUGCUUUAACAUUUUUGCCAAAGAAGUCUAGAAAGAGGUUUGUGUUACCUGCCCUUGAUUACCUCUCCGUUUAUGCUAUCGCCGUGAAUGAGGAGAAUGCUUGCGGUGGUCGUGUGGUGACGGCACCCACGAAUGGUGCGGCUGGUACCAUCCCUGCAGUCCUUAAAUAUUAUUUAGAAUUCAUUUCAGAAAAUCCUGAAAAAGAUGUUAUGGAAUUCUUAUUAACAACGGCUGCUAUUGGUAUGUUAUUUAAGCGUGGUGCAAGUAUUUCAGCCGCUGAGGUUGGCUGUCAAGGUGAAGUAGGUGUAGCAUGUUCUAUGGCAGCUGCAGGUUUUACAGCUGUAAUGGGUGGUACAGUAGAUCAAGUAGAAAAUGCAGCAGAAAUAGGUAUGGAACACAAUUUAGGUUUGACAUGUGAUCCUAUUGCUGGUCUCGUUCAAGUGCCAUGUAUUGAACGUAAUGCGUUAGCUGCUGUUAAAGCUAUUGCAGCUGCUCAGUUAGCCUUAAAUGGAGAAGGUGAUCAUCGUGUCACACUUGACCAAGUUAUUGAAACGAUGCGACAAACAGGUGCAGAUAUGAUGUCCAAAUAUAAAGAAACAAGUCAAGGCGGUUUAGCAGUCAAUGUACCUUUAUGUUAAUUAAAAUUACUUGUUUUGUACACUAUUUCCAUAAUAAUAAUAAAAAAAAUCAUGUUUAUUUUAUUAAUAAGUAAAA